AUGUUGAGGUUAAUGAACAAGAUUUCCGGGUCCACGGGGCCUGUGGUGCAAAAGUGUUUCUCCAGCAUUGCCCCUAAACCGAUAAUCAACCCACCGAUUAAGUAUACAGAGCUAUUCAUUAAUAAUGAAUUUGUGAAAUCAUCAUCUGGAAAGACGUUUGAUACACUGAAUCCGGCUACUGGUGAACCAAUUGCUCAAGUUCAAGAAGGGGAUGCUGUGGACAUCAACAAUGCAGUUGCUGCUGCACAAGAAGCAUUUAAGUUGGGCAGCCCUUGGCGCACAAUGGAUGCUUCAAAGCGUGGUAUGCUUCUCAACAAAUUAGCAGAUUUAAUCCAACGAGAUGCUAAUUAUUUAGCUACCUUAGAGGCAUUGGACAAUGGCAAACCUUAUAGCGUUGCAUUGUCAGACGAUAUACCUGGAACUGCUGGUGUAUUACGGUACUAUGCUGGAUGGGCAGAUAAAAAUCAUGGUAAAGUUACCCCAAUUGACGGUAAUUAUUUUGCAUAUACCCGACAUGAAGCAGUUGGUGUAUGUGGUCAAAUUAUCCCUUGGAAUUUCCCAUUGUUGAUGUUGUCUUGGAAAAUUGGACCAGCUUUGGCCAUGGGAAAUGUUGUUGUUCUAAAGCCGGCUGAACAGACUCCUCUUACUGCUUUAUACAUUGCUAGUCUUGUGAAAGAAGCAGGAUUUCCACCUGGAGUUGUUAAUAUUGUUCCUGGUUAUGGUCCAACUGCUGGAAAAGCGAUUGUCGAUCACCUUGGCGUAGAUAAAGUUGCAUUUACUGGUUCGACUGAGGUUGGCCAAAUCAUAGCUGAAGGUGCUGCUAAAAGCAAUCUCAAGAGAGUGACAUUGGAAUUAGGUGGUAAAUCUCCAAAUGUAGUUUUCAGUGAUUCUGACAUUAAUCAAGCUGUGGAAGGUGCUCAUUAUGGGCUUUUCUAUAAUAUGGGACAAUGUUGUUGUGCUGGUUCUCGGACAUAUGUUCAAGAUUCAAUUUAUGAUGAGUUUGUCGAGAAAAGUGCAAAAAGAGCAGAAAAACGUAUUGUAGGAGAUCAAUUUGAUCCCAAAACACACCAAGGACCACAGGUCGAUGAAGAACAAUUAAAUAAAAUUCUUAGCAUGAUUGACAGUGGAAAGAAACAAGGAGCUACACUUGUCACUGGUGGUUCACGAGUUGGAGACAAGGGCUAUUUCGUACAACCAACUGUAUUUUCUGACGUUAAAGAUGACAUGAAAAUAGCAAAAGAAGAAAUUUUUGGCCCUGUACAACAAAUAUUAAAGUUUAGCGAUUUUGACGAAGUAAUCAGUCGAUCCAACAAUUCUGAUUAUGGUUUGGCAGCAGCAGUGUUUUCAAAGAACAUAGACACAGUUAAUAAGGCUAUUCAGAGUUUUAGAGCUGGAACUGUUUGGGUUAAUUGUUACAAUGUAUUUGGAGUACAAGCACCAUUUGGCGGUUUCAAAAUGUCUGGUCAUGGUAGAGAAAUGGCUGAAUAUGGUCUGCAACCAUAUACCGAAGUAAAAACAGUUAUUGUUGCUACACCAAAAAAAAACAAUUAA